UCUUCUUCUUCCUUUUUACUCAAACUCUUCUCUUCGGAUAUAAUAAAGGGUGGAGAAGAAAAAGGAGUCCCAGCGGAAGUGUUUCGAUGGAUCGUAUUAGCUUUAUCUGGUAACGUUUUUAUGAUCGCCAGAGAAUCAAGAAGCGUGUAGUCGCGGGGAUCUCACUGGGUUGCAGGUCAUGGGACGUUUCCGGUGGUUGAAGGUGGCGAUUUUAUUCUCUCUACUUGCAGUUUCUGGUGGGAAUGAGCUUACAGCCAAUCACGAGGACCAUUUACCUAUCUACAAUCGUACUCUUACAAAGUUAUUGUUGGAGUAUCAGGAGGACCAUUUACCUGUCUACAAUCAUACUCUCGCAAAGAUAUUGGUGGAGUAUGCUUCUGCGGUGUACGUGUCAGACUUGACUGAACUUUUUACUUGGACAUGCUCGAGAUGUAAUGAUUUGACGAAGGGAUUUGAAAUUAUAGAGCUGAUUGUAGAUGUCCAACGCUGCUUACAGGCAUUUGUUGGGGUGGCACAGGAUCUUAAUGCCAUUGUAAUUGCAUUUAGGGGCACACAGGAACACAGCAUACAGAAUUGGAUUGAGGAUCUUUUUUGGAAGCAGCUUGAUCUAGACUAUCCAGGCAUAGCUGGUGCAAUGGUGCACCAUGGAUUUUAUUCUGCAUAUCAUAACACAACUAUGCGCCCAGGGGUUCUUGAUGCUGUUAAAAAGGCCAAGCAGUUAUAUGGUGACAUUGAUAUUAUGGUGACCGGUCAUUCAAUGGGAGGGGCUAUGGCUUCCUUCUGUGCACUUGAUCUUGCAGUUAAUCAUGGAGCCCGCAUUGUCCAGCUUAUGACAUUUGGACAGCCCCGUGUUGGCAAUUCAGUUUUUGUGUCUUACUUUAGUGACCAUGUACCAAAUACAAUUCGUAUCACAAAUGACCAUGAUAUCGUGCCGCAUUUGCCUCCAUACUAUUCUUAUUUCCCAAAGAAGACAUAUACACACUUUCCAAGAGAGGUGUGGAUCUACAACAUUGGAGUUGACAGUCUGGUUUACACAGUUGAGAAGGUCUGCGAUGGUUCUGGUGAAGAUCCAACUUGUUGCAGAUCUGUGGCAGGCAACAGCAUCUUCGAUCACUUGGCGUAUUUUGGUGUUGAUUUACGGGCUAAAACUUGGGGUUCUUGCAAAAUGGUAACGGAUUCCUAUACGUUGAGCUAUGGUAAAACAGAUCUCAAUGGAAACAUAAUCUUGUCGAGGAAUCCUGCCAUAUCAGUGUCUAAACUAAAUACACAAACAGCUGUUCUGUAACUUAUUUGGGGAUAAGAGGAUGAUUUGCCAUUAAGAAUGGAUGAGACCAGUCGGGCUUAUAUUUUAUCGCAGGGGAGAAAGGAAGUUCAGAUGAGAUCCUUGCAAGGGGGAGUUUGGGAGGAAUUUUUGUAUAUAAUUGUUAAGUCAUGUACAUCUUCACCACUUGUUGUAUAAUAUGGAGGCUCAUGGAGUUCCAUUUAUGUUGUAGCUAUGGAGUUUUUUCUUACAUGUCUCAGUGAAGCUUCAGUUUUAUUUUCAA